AUGAAUCGAUAUUGGUGGAGAUCGAGAGAUGGUCAGGGUAUUCAUUGGAAAGCUUGGGAUAAACUAUGUAUCCCAAAGGAAUAUGGAGGAUUGAGAUUCAAGGAGUUGCGUGCCUUUAACCUUGCAAUGUUGGGCAAGCAAGCGUGGCGAUUUCUGACACAGCCUAAUUCAUUGGUUUCAAGAGUUUAUAAAGCCAGGUACUAUCCCACUAAUUCUUUCUUUGAAGCAUGCUUGGGAAAUAAUCCAAGUUUUUGCUGGAGAAGUAUUUUGGCAGCACAAGAUUUGGUUUGUGGAGGGGUUAGGCGCAGGAUUGGGAAUGGCAAAUCGACCUUGAUUUGGGACCAUCCAUGGCUACAAGAUGUGAGUCACCCAAGAAUUAUAACAGAAAGGCCACCCCAAUUGGCAUAG